AUGGAAGAAAUCAAUAUACCCUCCCAUGUAGAUUUUUUUAAAGCGCUGCUUCGUGGACUACCAGAAGGAGCUCAUUCGUCAUAUAUGACUUCUUUAUUUUUUAUUGUGUCAGGAUUAGAUGUUCUCAAUGAACUUGAUUGCUUAAAUAAACAAGAAAUUAUUGACUGGAUUUAUAAACAGCAAAUUAUUCCAAAAAUAGAGCCAAAUUAUGCAUCAGCUGGAUUCAGGGCAAACCCAGCAACUUCUUCUAUAGAAGGAAGCUAUUGGGAUUAUGGGAACUUAGCCAGCACUUAUAGCGCUUUAGGAAUGCUGUUAAUCCUUGGAGAUGAUUUUUCAAGAAUUGAUAAAGUAAAUUUAAUAGGUGGAAUUAAAUUGUUAUAGUUUACAAAAAUAUAUCUCGAUUUUUAGCAAAAAAUCCAAUAUAUAUUUUGAGUAUGAAAAAGGAUCUAUUUUGUUUAUUCUAACGCUUAAUUUAUCUAUUAUUCUAUACAGCAAGAAGCAGGAAAUUUCACAUCACAUAAAGACGGCUUAGAAGCAGACAUGAGGUUUAUUUUUUGUGUGUGUGCAAUUUGCUAUAUCUUAGACUACUGGGGCGAAAUAAACCAAGAAAAAAUCGUUGAUUUUAUCUUACUAUUCCCUUCCUUAAAUUGGAAAUCUUCUUUCAGUAGGAAAAUUUUAUAGGUGAAAAUAUUUAUUUUUAUAAAAUUAGUUUUGAACUAAUUAAUUGGAAAAAGCGGAGCGAGAAUAUUACUAUUAUUAUUUAACAGUUAUCGCACUGAAUCUUUUUUUUUUAAUUAAUUUUUUAUAAAUAAAUUAAAAUUCAAAAAUGCGAUUUUAUUUAAAAAAUUAAAAAUGGUAACAGGAUUUUUCGCACCAAUUCAAAGGGGGCAAGUUAAAAUCUCAAAGCUACGACAAAAGUAUUGGCCUAUACCCAGGCAUAGAAGGCCAUGGAGGACUGACUUACUGUGCAUUAAGUUCUCUAUUUUUACUAAAUAAAAUUGACGCUUUGCCAGAAAAAGAAUUUUUAAUUGAGUGACUUUUAAUGAGACAAGGAAUCGGAUUUCAUGGAAGAAUUGGCAAAGCCCCUGACAGCUGCUACGGAUAUUGAAUAGGCCUUUCUCUGCAGAUUUUAGGUGGAAUUUCUUUUAUUGAUAUAAAUGAUAAUAUUCAGUUUUACCAAGAAACCCAAUUUUUCAAAGGUGGAUUUUCUAAAUACCCUUGCAUAGAGCCAGACCUUGUCCACAGUUACCUUGGGCUUUGCAGUAUUGCAAUAAUGGGACAUCCACAGCUAUCUCCAAUAUACGGCCCUCAAUUUAAGUUAAAAAAAUUAAGCUGGCCAUAAGAGAGAUAGACCCAUUAGCCUUUGCCUCAUCUUGGCUGCAAAAAAGUCUCCAAAGAUCUCAGAAAUCAAAUGGAAAAAAUGGAGGGCUGUUAUUAUGCAUUUCUGAUCUGAGCCACCUGUCCCAAAGAUUAGCUCUUUGAGCAGAGCCACCGUCUAUGAGGUGCCCUGACAGUCUUGAUAGGGAGAGAUUAUUUUAUAGGCAAAACCUGUCUAGACAAAGCUGGAACUGAAAAAACUUCUGUGGAGAAUAGAGAACUUCCCUCUCCAGCGGACAUCCCCAAGCUCGAAGGCCUACUUCAAAGUGGCAUACACUAUUUUCAGCUUCAUCGGGAUAACUCCUACCCCCUCGAUAGGGUUCACCUCAUCAUCAUCAUCAUCAUCAUCAUCAUCUCACAUCAUCAAUUAUUCAGGAUGCUUAAACAUCCGCAGACCCUUAUGGGUCUUUUAAACUUAAACUCCCUUCAGCUUUUGCUAGAAAGAUCAUAAUAGAUUGGCCUUUUCUGAUAGCUAAUGGUUUCUCUCCAUAGAAAGCAUGAAAUCUUUCUGACUUAUUGCUUGAACUUUUGACUGAACUUUUGACUGAGCUUUUGCCUAAACUUUUGCCUGCACUUUUUCCUGAACUUUUGCCUGAACUUUGGCCUAAAUAUUUGCCCAGACCUUGUCUGAAUUUUUCUUCAAACUCCUGCUACAUCUUUAGUCUCAACUUUAGAUCCAACGUUUAGCUCAACUUUCGCCUCAACUUUUGCUUCUAUUUUUGCUCCAGUUUUUGCCUUAGCUUCCUCCUCGUCUUUUGCCGUGGUUUUUUGUCUCAAUUUUUGCCUCGAUUUUUGCCCUGACUUUUGCCUCAACUUUUGCCUCAACUUUUGCCUCAACUUUUGCCUCAACUUUUGCCUCACUUUUUGCCUCAGCUUGCGCCUCAGUGGUUGCCCUCAACGUUUGCUUCAACUUUUGUCUCAAAUUUCGCUGCCUCAGCACUCGUUCCACUCUUGUCAUGACUUUUUCUUUGGCUUCUUUAGCUUCACUAACACUUUUGGCUUCUCUCCUAGUCUUUAGCUCUGUUUUGGUUGCUUUUGGCAGAACUUCCGCUAGACCAGAAAUUAGUGGCACCGGAAGCUCCUUGCAUUUGUUCACCACCUGGAUCAAUUCUCCUUCAUCAAGCACAAAUCCGUCCAUUUCUGAGCCCAAUCUUAGCACCAUUUCCAUAAGUUCUUGCUUAUCACCUUCACUCUGAUCUCCAAGAUCAUCUUCUUCGUCUGAUAAAUAAUCAUAAAGAAUUUCUUCAACUUCGUCUCAGAAGUCUUCAUCCCAAGAUAAAUAAUCCGAAUCACGGUCAAAUUCAGCAUCAGAAUUCUCAAAACUGCACAAUCCUGGUCUCUCAGUCCAGGCAGCUCUGUUUUUGUCGAACCCUUUUAAUUCCAUCAAUCUGUAAAAAUAAAAAGUCAUAGGGUGCACCUCAGAGUCCUUCUUCCGUCAACGGCACUAUUUUAUUCCUCUUACGACCCUCUAGGAAUCACUGUGAGAUCAGCCUUAAGGGUUAUUAAGAACCCGCUUUCUCAAUAUACAACAAUUAAUUCAUAA